AUGGAGAAGGCUGAGGUUCUCAGUGACUUUACCUCAGUCUUCACUGGCAAGGGCUCCAACCACACUCCCAGAGUCACAGAACACAGUGGCAGGGUAUUGAAGGAAGAGCUGCCCAUUGUGAGUGACGAUCAGGUGCGCACAGCUCCAUGGAACACCACACGAGCCUUCAUUGCUGCUAUGAAGGGCAAGUGCCUCCUAGAAGUGACUGGUGUAGCAGAUCCCACUGGUUGUGGUGAAGGAUUUUCUUAUGUGAAGAUUCCGAACAAACCAACUCAGCAGAAGGACGAUAAAGAACCUCAGCCAGUGAAAAAGACAGUGACUGGGACAGAUGCUGAUCUGCGCCGACUGUCUCUCAAAAAUGCCAAACAGCUUCUGCGUAAAUUUGGAGUGCCUGAAGAGGAGAUAAAGAAGCUGUCCCGGUGGGAGGUGAUUGACGUGGUGCGUACGAUGUCCACAGAGCAGGCUCGUUCAGGGGAAGGUCCUAUGAGCAAAUUUGCACGUGGGUCUCGGUUUUCUGUAGCAGAACAUCAGGAGAGAUACAAAGAAGAAUGUCAGCGCAUCUUCGAUUUACAAAAUAAGGUUCUAGAAUCCACUGAGGUCCUGUCAACAGACACAGAUAGCAGCUCAGCUGAAGACAGUGACUUUGAAGAGAUGGGAAAGAAUAUUGAAAAUAUGUUACAGAACAAGAAAACUAGUUCUCAGCUCUCUCGGGAAAGAGAAGAGCAGGAACGAAAGGAAUUGCAGAGGAUGCUUCUGGGAGAAGACAGUGGCAAUGACAAAGAGAGAGGCAAAAAGGACAGGAGAGACAAAAAGGGUCUGUCUUCAGGAGCCUCAUCAAACUCUCACAAAGAUGAUGACACUGCCUCUGUAACCAGCCUUAAUUCCUCUGCCACCGGCCGCCGCCUCAAAAUCUACCGCACGUUCCGAGACGAGGACGGGAAGGAGUACGUGAGGUGUGAGACCGUGCGGAAGCCGGCUGUUAUCGACGCCUACUGCCGCAUACGCACCACCAAGGAUGAAGAGUUCAUACGAAAGUUUGCUCUCUUUGAUGAGCAGCACCGUGAGGAGAUGCGGAAGGAGCGGCGCAGGAUCCAGGAACAACUGCGGCGGUUAAAACGGAACCAAGAAAAGGAAAAACUCAAGGGCCCUCCAGAAAAGAAGCCCAAGAAAAUGAAAGAGCGUCCAGACUUGAAACUAAAAUGUGGAGCAUGUGGUGCGAUUGGCCAUAUGAGGACUAAUAAGUUCUGCCCUCUUUACUACCAAACGAAUGCCCCGCCUUCUAAUCCUGUUGCAAUGACAGAGGAGCAGGAAGAAGAGCUGGAAAAAACAGUAAUUCACAAUGAUAAUGAAGAACUCAUCAAAGUAGAAGGAACAAAAAUUGUCCUGGGAAAACAACUGAUUGAGAGUGCAGAUGAGGUUCGCAGGAAAUCACUGGUCCUGAAGUUUCCUAAACAGCAGCUUCCUCCAAAGAAGAAGCGACGAGUAGGGACAACUGUUCACUGUGAUUACCUGAAUCGUCCUCAUAAAUCUAUCCACCGACGGCGAACAGAUCCCAUGGUGACGCUGUCAUCCAUCUUGGAGGGCAUCAUCAAUGACAUAAGGGAUCUUCCUAAUACAUACCCCUUUCACACACCUGUAAAUCCAAAAGUUGUCAAGGAUUAUUAUAAGAUUAUUACUCGGCCCAUGGAUUUACAGACCUUGCGUGAAAAUGUUCGUAAGCGGCAGUACCCGUCCCGGGAAGAGUUCAGAGAACACCUGGAGCUGAUUGUGAAGAACAGUGCGACGUACAACGGGCCAAAACACUCACUGACACAGAUAUCUCAGUCCAUGCUGGACCUGUGUGAUGAAAAGCUAAAAGAGAAGGAAGAUAAACUGGCUCGAUUAGAAAAAGCAAUUAAUCCCCUUCUGGAUGAUGAUGAUCAAGUGGCCUUUUCCUUCAUUUUGGAUAACAUUGUCACUCAGAAGAUGAUGGCAGUUCCAGAUUCUUGGCCAUUUCAUCAUCCGGUUAACAAAAAGUUUGUUCCUGAUUAUUACAAGGUGAUUGCUAAUCCAAUGGAUCUGGAGACCAUCCGCAAGAAUAUCUCCAAACACAAAUACCAGAACAGAGAGACUUUCCUGGAUGAUGUUAAUCUCAUCCUUGCUAACAGCAUUAAAUACAAUGGGCCAGACAGUCAGUACACAAAAACAGCCCAGGAGAUUGUAAACAUCUGUUACCAGACUUUAGCUGAGUAUGAUGAACACCUGACUCAACUUGAGAGAGACAUCUCCACUGCUAAGGAAGCAGCACUAGAGGAGGCAGAUCUGGAAAGUCUUGAUCCUAUGACCCCUGGUCCUUACACUCCACAGAUGCGCCAGGGGCGAGGUAGGCUGGGCGAGGAAGACUCAGACGUAGAUAUUGAAGUGUUUGAUGAGGAUGAUGAUGGGAAACCUAAGACUCCAGCCCCAGAAGUUGAAGAUGCAGAUGGUGACCUUGCUGAUGAAGAAGAAGGAUCAGCCCAACAGCCCCAGGCCAGUGUCCUCUAUGAAGAUUUGCUCAUGUCAGAGGGAGAGGAUGAUGAUGAUGGGACUGAUGAAGAGGGAGAUAAUCCUUUCUCAUCUAUCCAACUGAGUGAGAGUGGCAGUGACUCGGAUGUGGAGCCCAAUGCAGUGAGGCCUAAACAACCACAUGUUCUUCAGGAGAACACACGAAUGGGCAUGGACAAUGAGGAAAGCAUGAUGUCUUAUGAAGCAGAUGGUGGGGAGGCAUCUCAUGUUAUGGAGGACAGUAAUAUCAGUUACGGCAGCUAUGAAGAACCAGACCCAAAGUCCAAUACAAGAGAUACUAGUUUUAGCAGCAUUGGAGGGUAUGAGAUCUCAGAAGAGGAGGAGGAGGAGGAACAGCAGCGCUGUGGUCCAAGCGUAUUAAGUCAAGUCCAUCUGUCUGAGGACGAGGAAGACAGCGAGGACUUUCAUUCCAUUGCAGGAGACAGCGACUUGGACUCGGAUGAAUAAACGUGCUUUCCUGAGAUGCUGUCAUCCUGGGCUACUCUUAGUUCCUGGAUUUCCCUUGUCCCAGUGUGAUAUGAAGAACAGCG